AUGAAAGUAGGAAAUGAUGAAUUGCGCAAGGCCCGAGAAAAGAAAAACGAAUUGAAGACAGACCUAGCCACCACAGAAGCAAGUUUGAAAGAUGCGAAAACAAAAAAUGCCACCGUAACUGCAAAUAUCGAUGCUCUAAAAAAGGAAAUAGCAGGACUUCAAACAGAAAUUAAUCAAAACCUAGCUGAUUUACAGAAGCAACUCGAACCAUUGGCUAAUUUUCAGGUAGAAAAGACUCGCCUUCAGGCAAAAUACGAAAAAAUUGCUGUUGGAUUCACACCAGAGGAGCUGAAUGAGAAAGAGGUCGAGGCCAUCCGGUUGAAGGAGUUUGAAAAGGAUGCUACUCUUCUGACUACACAAAUUGAUGAAAUGUGA